AUGCAGGCACUGAAUGAUAACCUUACCAACAUCACUCACACGCCAGGAAUAAACUCCCAUGCUAUUUUCUUUUCAAGGGCAAUUAGCUAUUCCCCUCCUUCCCGAUUGACCGGCCAACCAACCAACCUUCGUCCGGCGCGUGCGCACAAAGAACGGUUGGCAGGAGCCGUUAAAAAAGAUGGAGGUUCGGCACAUGCGCUGGAGGCAUUUGGGCGGGAAACGACUGGCACGCGGGAAAGUUGUUUUGAAAUUCCGUUGGCCGCGCGCGAACCCCUUCCCCCUCCAACAUCAAAAGAACAUGGAGACCGCUCUCCGGCAGUUGCAGCUGCUGGACAAUGGAUCUCCAAUAAUCAAACAUAUUACUUUUACAAAGUAAUAGAAAAGCUUUUGCUCCAGCUAUCCUUACGUGUGGUGCAAGUGGACUUGGGGACUGCUGAUUUAAAUGAGAAGUUCAUCUCUUCAGAUUUCAGGCUGACAUUUGAGGUAAAAAUCCAGUUUUAUGUCAAAGUAAAUGGUAAUCUAUCGACUCACAUCUUCAAGAGUGAGAAACUGGACCAAUUUUGCAGUAACGGACAUACUGUACUUUCUGACAGCACUCACUAUAUCAAAAAUUUUGAAUGUGCAGCUGAUUCGCAUUGCUAUAGACUCCAUCCUGUUGCUGGGAAGUUGUUCCCUCUUUCGAUUCCUAACAAACUGGCUGAAGAAGGAUUGUGUGGAGUGCUUGAGAUAUUAUCAAUAGCUGCUAUUUGCCCUUGCCUUAAGAACUACCCCAACAAGCCUGCUGGAGUUUCUAAUGUAUCUGUAUCCUUAACAGAAAGAAUGUAUAUAACAUGUGGAUGUAAAUGGAAGAUAAGUUUCUUGCUGGAAUUUGCACAUCUUGUGACAUGCUUCCAUCGUGUGCUAUAUGAGGAUAGCUAUCGUGGUGGAUAUGAGUAAGCAUGAUCCUAGCACUGUCAUAAUGCAAAUUAGCUUUCAUUUUUCCCUAAUUAGUACCCAGAGAAUUGCUUUGUUUGAAUAGGUUUGACAUCCUAGCCCUUGAACUGCGCCUUCCUUUUGAGGCUUCAUGAAAAUAUUAUUUUUAACGACACACAUUGAAUUGCAAAGGCACGCAAAUGGAUAAUAUAUUGGACAUGAUGCUGUUAGUUCAUGGAAUGUUCCUGUUGCUGGGAACACAACAGUUAUUGCCCAACCCUAAAUGGCCUAAGAAUAUGGUAGUGAAUUGAUGUAUUGAAUCACUAUAAUUCAGGUGCUGAUUGGUAGGAAGUUCCAAACUACUUACCAAGCGAUAAUGGAGGGAUGCAUGUUUUCAAGACAGGCUAUGUGUGACUCAGUCAGGUACUUACAGGUACAGCCAGUAAUCUUGGCAACAACUUGUCAAGGCUUUUCCAACAUUUCCUCCCAAACCCAUGACCUUUAAAACUCACAUACAUUUGCUGCCCUUGUCCUCCAAGGUAAUCUUUGGGAAGAAGGUUUGGUGAGUUG